AUGUGUGUUUUUCUGGUGAUAGCAUCGUUCUCAGAAUGAAAGUUAUGUUCCUACUGUCAUUAUUGUUACUUGGUCUGUCUGGGCCUCUGGCUCAGAAGGAGAAUGAAGAGACGGAGUCACUGAAGAUGACCUCUACCACCCUGGACAUCUUGGGGGAGCUGAGGAUCAUGGAGGCCAGGCUGACAGACAGCGAACAACGUACCGCAGAUUUGGAGUCCAGACUGGUGGCCAGUGAGGUCAAGGUUCAACAGCAAGAGAUCCAAAUCUCUGCUCUGCUUGCUGAUCUGAGUGCUACCAAGAUGAAAGCAGACGAACAGGAGAACCGAUACAAUUCCAAGGUGGCCUUUUCUGUGGGACUUGGAGGAAAUGUAGGACCGUUUAAUGCAGACAUCACGCUGAAGUUCAGCAGAGUCCUCGUCAACGUUGGCAAGGCCUACAACCCAAUUACCGGUAUCUUCACAGCACCAAUGAAAGGAGUCUACUACUUUAGAUUUACAGUCUGGGAUCACACAAAGAAGAGAUACUAUGGGAUCCAAUUGAUGAAGAAUGGAAAAAGCAUACUGUAUAAUAUUGAAUGGCAAGAACAUGGUGAUCACAGUUAUCUAGCCAACGGCCUCACUGUUGAGCUUGAGACAGGAGAUGUAGUGUACACUGUUCUGCCCUCAGGUCUUUCCAUUGGCGAUAGCCCCGACAACCACAGCAGCUUCACUGGCUUCCUGCUCUUCACUAUGUGAACGGAGGAAUUCUCCUAACCCAAGGUUCACUAACAACUCUUCGUGUUGCACCACGUGACGAUGCGUACACUAUUAAACACUAUCUGAUGGUG